CCACAGACGUUCAACAUGAGCAGCAGAGUGGAAAAACCUCGAGAGCAGGAGGAGCAGGAGGACUUCUACGACUGCCAGGAGACUCUGCAGCACCUCGACCUGAAAGAGAACAAGGAGGAGGAUUGGACCCAACAAAAAAAAGAAGGAGGAGCGUCAAAAGACUUUACAAGUGACAGACUGACAGACAGAAGGGAAGGAGGAGGACAGGCGCAGGGAGACAGGCUGCAGGACGACAGGCUGCAGGAGGAGGAGCAGGGAGACAGGCUGCAGGACGACAGGCUGCAGCAGGAGGAGGAGCAGGGGCUGCAGGAGGAGGAGCAGGGAGACAGGCUGCAGCAGGAGGAGGAGCAGGGAGACAGGCUGCAGCAGGAGGAGGAGCAGGGAGACAGGCUGCAGCAGGAGGAGGAGCAGGGAGACAGGCUGCAGCAGGAGGAGGAGGAGCAGGGAGACAGGCUGCAGGACGACAGGCUGCAGGAGGAGUCUGAUUCCGAGUUUAAGGAGGAACCCAGCUGUGAGGUGGAGUUUGAUGACGACUACCUGAGGGAGUUGGAGAAGGAGCUGACAGAGGAGGAGAAGGAGGGUCGACGGCAGCAGAGUUUAACCCUGAAGGAAAGAGGAAACAUUCAGUUUAAAUCUGGAGACUGGGAGGAGGCUGAGCGGAGCUAUAAGGAGGCGCUGGUUUUAUGUCCCGUCUGUUUCAGCAGAGAGAGAGCUGUGCUGUUCUCCAACAGAGCUGCAGCCAGACUGCACCUGGACCAGAAAGAUCAGGCGAUCUCAGACUGUAGCAAAGCAAUAGAACUGAAUCCAGACUACAUGAGGGCGUUGCUGAGGAGGGCAGAGCUUUACGAGCAGACGGAGAAGCUGGACGAGGCCCUGGAGGACUACAAGAAGGUUCUGGACCUGGACCCAACCCACACUACCGCCAGACAGGCCUGCAUGAGGUUACCUGGGCAGAUUCAGGAGAGGAACGAGAAGUUGAAGGAGGAGAUGAUAAGUAAAUUGAAGGAUCUGGGAAAUCUGGUCCUGAGACCGUUUGGACUUUCAACCAACAACUUCCAGGUGAACCAGGACGCCUCCACGGGGUCCUACUCCAUCAACUUCGUCCAGAGCUCCGGCGGCAACAACAACAACACAUGAUGUCACACAGAGCUGUCAGGUGUGGGUGUGUACCUGUGUGUUUAAAUAAAAGCUGAUUAUUUGUUUA